CAGACGAGCUCCGCUACGCCGCUCCUUCGUGUGCCUUUCUAAGUUUUCCGCUGACAACUAUGUGCAGUUUUUUCUCGGUGCAUCACAUGAACUCGUGUUCGCCGUUGUACAGAUAACAUUUUGCAUAUCGCACUACGAUUUAUUGGUGCAAAAGUUUGCGUUUUCGCACCACCUGUGACCCAUUGACUGUAUCGUUUAAGAUGGGUUUGCAAGGAGACCACGAAAGUGGUUAUUUUGAGGACGACUCGGAGUUGUCGGAAGACGAACGCCACCACCAACACCCGUUGUCCAGGAGGGUCAGUGAUGACCGAACCAAAGUCAACCUCACCGGCCGCGGUCGCGUGGGACCUUCUGAUUUUGAACUCCUCAAAGUACUUGGAACUGGAGCUUACGGCAAAGUGUUCCUGGUGCGCAAAGUGGGUGGCAAGGACAGCGGUUCCCUCUACGCCAUGAAAGUACUGAAGAAGGCGACCAUCGUGCAGAAGAAGAAGACGACAGAGCACACCAAAACCGAAAGGCAGGUCCUGGAGGCGGUGCGCCAAUCGCCCUUCCUCGUCACUCUGCACUACGCCUUCCAAACCGAGGCCAAAUUGCACCUCAUCCUUGACUACGUGUCGGGAGGUGAGCUUUUCACACACCUCUACAAGCGAGAGCAUUUCACAGAGGAAGAGGUGCGCAUCUACGUGGGAGAAAUUGUGCUGGCGCUCGAGCAUUUGCAUAAGCUCGGCAUCAUAUACCGUGAUAUAAAAUUAGAGAACAUACUACUGGACCGCGACGGGCACAUCGUGCUCACCGAUUUCGGACUGAGCAAAGAAUUUUUGCCCGACGACAAGGAUCAGCGUGCGUACUCAUUUUGCGGGACCAUCGAGUACAUGGCUCCAGAGGUUGUGAAGGGUGGAAGCGACGGGCAUGAUAUCGCUGUGGAUUGGUGGAGCGUUGGUGUUCUGACCUACGAACUGCUGACUGGUGCCUCUCCUUUCACCGUCGAAGGUGAAAAGAACACGCAGCCCGAGAUUUCAAAGCGAAUCUUGAAAACGGAGCCACCGAUCCCGAAGCAUCUCUCGCCUGCCACAUGUGAUUUUAUUGCCCAACUGCUAGUGAAAGAUCCGCGUAAGAGGCUCGGCGGCGGCCCCACCGACGCUGAUGAACUGAAACAACACGCCUUUUUCGAGGGUUUGGACUGGUCGCUGCUAGCUCAGAAGGCCAUAAAAGCCCCAUUCGUCCCUCAGCUCACCAAUGACCUAGACACUAGCAACUUUAGCGAGGAAUUCACCAAAAUGAUUCCUACAGAUUCCCCGGCUGUGGUUCCUCCUAAUUCCGAUAAAAUAUUCAGGGGAUAUUCAUAUGUUGCGCCUUCGAUCCUCUUACACGCAAAUGCCGUUUCGGACGAACGGCCAGACACUGCCAAGCUGCGGUCGCUGAACAAACGCAUGGAGUCCAUGUUCUUCAGGAAAUACGACCUCGACCUGGACGGACCGAUCCUGGGUGACGGUACCUUCUCCAUCUGCCGCAAAUGCAAGAACCGGCAAACAGGCGUCGAGUACGCCGUGAAGAUUGUGAAGAAGCGCUUUGACUGCAGCCGCGAGGUGAACCUGCUGCGCGCCUGCCAGGACCACCCAAACGUGGUCAAACUGGAGGACGUGUUCCACGACGAGGUGCACACAUACCUGGUGCUGGAACUGCUCAAGGGUGGCGAGCUGCUAGAGCGCAUCCGAAACAAGCACAAAUUCACCGAGAGCCAGGUCAGCAGGAUCAUGAGGCAGCUCGCGUCAGCCAUCAGCUUCAUGCACAAAAGAAGGGUUGUUCACCGGGAUCUUAAACCUGAGAAUCUGUUAUUCACCGACUCAAGUGACAACGCGGACAUCAAGAUCGUUGAUUUUGGCUUUGCAAGACUGACACAAGAGAAUGAGCCAAUAAUGACGCCUUGCUGCACGUUGUACUACGCGGCCCCUGAAGUCCUGAACUUGGCUGCUGGCAAGAGCAGUGGAGGCUACGAUGAGACCUGUGAUCUGUGGAGUUUGGGAGUCAUUUUGUACACAAUGCUGUCUGGUCAGGCGCCGUUCCACUCGCGCAGCAGGGACGACAGUCCUGCGGCUGUGAUGGCCCGCAUCAAGGCUGGCGAGUUCUCGUUCACGGCGGACGCAUGGAACCACGUGUCGCUACCGGCUAAGUAUGUGACGAGUGGCCUGCUGACCGUCGACCCGAAGAAGAGGCUGACCAUCGAGGCACUGCUGUCCAACGAUUGGGUCAAGGGCACGGCGCCCUUCCCUGCCACCCCGCUGAUGACGCCCGGCGUGCUCGGCGCCGCCAACGCACGCACCGCUGAGCUCGGCGUCGCGCAGACGUUCAUUGCAUUCCACCAGGCCCACAGAGAGGGAUUCAGACUGAAAGAGGUGUCCAACGCCAAGUUGGCGCAGCGGAGGCGCAUGAAAAAGUCGUCGGCUGACAACAGGAGUAGUUCCACCUCCAGCAGCUUCUCGUCCUCUAGUUCCUCAGGCACUUUGUCCAUAGUCCAAACACCAAGCAAGGCGACGCAGUCCAGCUCUAACUCGUCUCUGGGCCCGUCUCCAGGCAAGUCGACGGACAACAUCUUCAACUUCAGCGAGAACCGUGUGCAAGAGUACCUGUCCAGCCUUUCGGACGAGUCGCGGUCGAACGAUGAGGACAUGAGCCCCAUCCUGCUGCAGCUGCCGUGCCACGAGAGCCCAGAGCUGGGCCCAGUCACCCGAUCUCGCAAGCGCAAACAGAAUGACCUCGGUUCGGCCGAAGAAUCGGCGGCGUCGCUCUCCUCAUCUCUCAAGCACCGAAAACGCCACAAAAGGACUCAAAACAGGCCCAAAACCAUAGUGUUGGAGUAACGAAAUGCUCUAGUGAAAGACAAUUUGAACCUCUUAGCUGUGCUCGACGGAAAAACCAUUUGACUUUUUGAGAAAAGCCCUCCAACCAAAGCACCUGCGGUGAUUGCAGGUGUUUUUUUCUGAACAAGGUUUCCUCUAAAGUUUCUCUCACACUUAUCAACCCGGUUCUUCUUGGAAUCUAGUCAUAUGAAAUAUUUUCAACCAGACACUGACAGGAACGACGUGUGUUUUGAAAUGCUGUGCUUGAGCCCAGAGGGAAUUAACGAAAGAAGCGUAUACUUAAAAUCAAAGCAGUCAAAUGGUUUCGUACACUCUGUGAAUUGAAAAUGAGGCGCUGUGAGGAGCCUUUUCCAUGCAGGUGGGAUACGAUCAAUGAUAUACUUUAAUGUUAAGUUCAGCGCGUUAAGAACGAAUCGUAUUCCACUGUGCGGUUGAUUAACUCUGAUGUUAUUAUCUCAAAUACACAAUAUAUAUUAUGUAUAUUUAUCGUUUGUGUCGUCUAGAAGAAAAUUGUUUAACUUUUGUUGUGACUAAGAUAUUUAUAUACCGGAGAAGCUGGAAUUUGCACCUGGAAUCGUGUAUCUGCACCAGACUCGAGACACAAAGCCUUUCUCUACUCGACAGUAGCAUACUUAAAUCGCAUGGCAGACCAAACAGGCAAUUUGUUUGCAAUGAAAGGCAUUUAUGAAUUCAUGACCUCCAUAUUGCCUUAAGUGACACCAAAGACUUACAUAACACUAAACCCAUUGACUUACAAUAUUAUUAUUUUAUAAAAUAGAGAGUAACAGAAGAUGAAGAGUUCGUAUGUGCAUUGUGUUGCUGAAUUUCCAGGUGUACCAUUCACGCAGAAUUGUAUAUAUGUGUAUAAAAUGAAUUUAUUAUUGAGCAAAUGAAAACUGUUGUCAAUCAAUUUUAAUUGUGUAUAUCUACUAUGUUACUUAUAAUUUAAAGGGAAAAUAAAAAAUAAUUUUCAAUAA